UUAAAUUGGUGUGGUACUGCCUUGCUUAAGUGUAGCACAAAUCGCUUUUUCGAGAUGAGAAUGUUCUCCAUCUCAUCUAAGCACUGCUUCCAAAGUUGUAGUUACAAAUAACUGGCAACAUCUGUCACUCUUUUGCAGCUGGAGAGAGUAAGAACAGAGAGGCAGCAGCCAGGUGAUGUUCGUCCCUGCAGAGCACAUAGGAGAAAUGGGCACUUCCCAUUACGAUCUGCACAUUACCAUGCUCAAAUGCUCAGAGCAAGCUAUUGCUUCCUUAUGCAGAAUGAGUAAAAACUGCUCCUUUUCCCAAAAUUUGAUUCCCAAACAUUCGUUCUAGUUCCCCGUGGAUGAUCUUGGUUCCUCCUUAAGCCCUUGGACCUCAGCGACCCGAGUUUUGCCCUUUCCUUUCCCUGCACUGUGUUAGCACAAGGAGGAGCGGGAGAAACUUGGCUGCUCCCGUCCUGCCGGAGCUGCUCAGGAUGCUCUGUGUCUUUAAGGGGCUGACCCGAUCCCCGGUGAGCUAUUAUAAAGGCAGGUAAGCAGCAGUGCUUGGCAAAGAGUUGAGAGCUCAGCAGGGUGCAGCUGUCCCGUUAUGACUGGCCACCACAGUUGGGGAUAUGGGCAGGAUGACGGACCUUCAGAGUGGCACAAGUCCUAUCCUAUUGCCCAAGGGAACCGUCAGUCACCUAUUGAUAUAAUUUCUGCAAAAGCAGUCUAUGACCCUAAGCUGAUGCCGCUUGUAAUCUCCUAUGAAUCCUGCACAUCUCUCAACAUCUCCAACAAUGGCCAUUCAGUUAUGGUUGAGUUUGAAGAUACUGAUGACAAGACAGUGAUCAGCGGUGGCCCCUUUGAGAGUCCCUUUCGGCUAAAGCAGUUCCACUUUCACUGGGGGGCAAAGCACAGUGAGGGAUCAGAGCAUACAAUCGAUGGCAAACCUUUUCCAUGUGAGCUCCACUUAGUUCACUGGAAUGCCAAGAAGUAUGCAACAUUUGGAGAAGCAGCAGCAGCUCCAGAUGGCUUGGCUGUAGUUGGUGUUUUCUUGGAGAUUGGAAAAGAACAUGCCAAUAUGAACAGACUCACUGAUGCUUUGUACAUGGUAAAAUUUAAAGGGACAAAAGCUCAAUUUAGAAGCUUCAACCCCAAAUGUCUCCUGCCUUUGAGUCUAGAUUAUUGGACAUACCUUGGAUCUUUGACAACACCACCCCUUAACGAGAGUGUAAUAUGGGUAGUGCUGAAAGAACCCAUCAGUAUUUCUGAGAAACAGCUGGAGAAGUUUCGCAUGCUCCUCUUCACCAGUGAGGAAGACCAGAAGGUCCAGAUGGUGAAUAACUUCCGCCCCCCUCAGCCACUUAAGGGGAGAACAGUCCGAGCUUCCUUCAAGGCCUGAAGAAAACUGGUAACAGCCUUGGGAUAUCUAAGAGUUUCCACAUAAGUGACCAUAGACCUGAGUUUAGAUCACUCAUGGAGCGUGCAAGAUAGCCAUUUCCAACAACACUCUGUACUUGCAGGGAGACGAACAUUUUCUGAUGCUGUGUUUUGUUUGAAUCGCAUAAUUUUAACACAAGCUCAGAUCUUUUUAACUAGAACUCCUUUUAGUACAAAGGAUAGAUAGUGAUCUGGAUCAUUCUCUUGGAGUUAAGAUGAAAUCCUACUUAAUACAAGAUGGGAAAUAGGUGGUAAUCAGUACUUAUGGUUACAUCUUCUGAUUGUCUAAUAUGUGAUGAAAGAAUGGUUGAAAUUUGGAUAAAGUGGACUUAAAUUUUUCUUAGAUUUUUCUUGUUUGCUGAGCUCCCUCUGACUUAGAAGAUUUUCACUUUGCUGUCUAUUGACACAAAGCAGGCUAGCAGUACUCAAAAAGGUUCUGUAUUCACUUCAUGAAGGCACUGAUAUGAAAACUAUAUAUUUCAAAAUUACUGUUCUAAGAUACUGUUGUACAACUGUUUUCAAAUAAGUAAUGUAAAUGCUCUGUGAUCCAAAACAGGCCAUGUUGUUUAUUGCGUAAGACUGUUUAGACAUAAAUUAUUUUAGCCUAUGCAACAUACAUAAUUAUAACUCCCUCAUUAAGUUUAUUGAGAAGGAACAUCUGUAGCAAUUCAGGUAUGUACUUGUGGCUAUCUAACUUGUUCACAUUCUACCUCAGUUAAGUGAUUUGCUCUGCAAUAUGACUUCCUUCAGCAGAUGCCCUGAAGAAUGUAUGUGUAUUUUUUCACUCUAAUGGUCUUGUGUGAGUAGAUCUUGAUUGCACUGAAUGUACAUCACUGCACAAAUCAUCCCACAGCCAUGGCAAUCGGUCAGGGAUGGUCCUGGCAAAUUUGAGAUUUAAUCUCUACUGAAUCCUGAUACAGCUGCAAAAUAGUUGCUUUAGAAAAGCCAUGUUUUUGUAUUGCUGCUUCUUGCAGCUCAGUGAAAAAAUUCUUCAGACCUUUGUGUCCAGUAAGAAAAAUAGUGAUGUCAUCUGUACCUAUUGUCAGUGUAUUUUCAGUUACUUUAUUUCUAGGUUUCAGAUGUUUUAAUUAAUCUGUAUAUUUCAGACGAAUUACGAAUUCAUUUGGGUUCAUUAGCUUUCAGCUUUUUAAAU